AUGGGCGCGCUACGCGCUUUAGUGUCGGGCGGCGGGUGUCGCCACGGCCUCAACCACGCCGCACCCUUACCGUCUCCCAUGCCGCGUUCGUCGCUCCUUCCCGCCCUGCGAAUGCUCUCCUAUUCGCCCAUUGCCCACACUACCACUACCCCCGACCUUCCCGCACGCGCCGCUUUUACGCCAUCCUGGAGCCGCGGUCUCGUGUCGCCUGUGUCGACUUCCCCCUUUUUCCAGGGCUGCCAAUCUCGAGGGCUCGCCGGAACUUUCCCACGUGGCUCGAAGGCCCCGCAUGGAAGGCGAAAGGUCGCGAGUUCGAGUCCUGCAGACGGCCACCAAAAACGGUUAAAUCCGAGGGCAGCGGCGGCUGGCGCUGCAGCGGAAGGUUUGGGAGAGGAAGGCGCAGAGGGAGUUGCGUUGAAGGUGCCAGGUAUCUGCCCAGGCUGCGGCGUUUCCAUGCAGAGCGAGGAUCCGAAACUUCCCGGGUUUUUCGUCCUCCCUGCUGUGCUCGACCCCGCUAAAUCCGCUGAGGUUCUGGGUUUCGAGGACGAGGAGGGGUUAGAUGAAGAGGAGUUGGAAGAAUUAGAGGGUUUAACGGAAGAAGAGGAGGAGGAAGCCGCGGGCAGGAAAAAAGUUGCCUUGUGGACCGAGUUUGACCUAAAGAAUCGGGGCAGCCCGGGAAAACUUGUGGAGGCGAUGCCUCCUCCCGUUGAGGUUGAGGUUGUUGAUGACGUGGGCACGGGUUUUGAGGAGUUUGACUUGUAUGAUGAUCUCGAUGCUGACCUGGCAGCGGAGGCUUCCAGGAAAAGCGGCAGGAAGGGCGGCAGUGAUUCGCGUGGUUAUGGUGAGGAAGAGGAGGAGGAGGAGGGGGAAGAGGAAGAGGAGUUUGAUGAGGAGGCGUGGGCAAAAGCUUGGGAGGAGCAGAUGGAGAGAAACGGAGCAGACGAGCUUAAGGGAGGGUCGAGAGGGGCGACGAGGGGGAGGGGUUCAAUUGGAGCAAGGGGAGCGACGGGAAGUGAUGUGGAUGGUGAGGAGGAGGAAGAGGGAGGGCAGGAGAAAGAUGGAAAAUUGGUGGUUUGUGCCAGGUGUCACGCGUUGAGGAACUACGGGCAGGUGAAAGACGAGAGCGUGGAAAAUCUUCUGCCCGACUUUGAUUUUGAGAGGGCCGUCGGGCAGCGUCUCCGGGCAGCUUACGGCCGUCGGGCAGUUGUGCUAGUGGUUGUGGACGCGGCAGAUUUUGACGGGUCCUUCCCGCGCCGGGCAGCCGAACUUUUGGCCCGGGCAGAAGCUGAGGCGGCGGGCAAAUGGAAGGAAUCUCAGGCGGACGGCAAAGCAGCAGGCCCUCCGGGCGGCAGCAACACGUUUCGUCUCAUCCUCGCGGCGAACAAAGCCGACCUGCUGCCGCCCCAAAUCUCGCCGCUCCGAUUGGAGCAGUGGAUUCGCCGGCGGGCGAAAGCGGGCGGCCUGCCUCGUCUUACAUCGCUGCAUCUCCUAUCGGCCAAGACAGGGUUUGGGGUGGGGUAUCUGGCUUCUCAGCUAGGCACACUGGCAGGACCCAGAGGGGACGUAUGGGUGGUUGGGGCUCAGAACGCAGGGAAAUCCUCUCUGAUUAACGCCCUUGCUGCUGCUGUGAAGACAGGGGGGAAGGGCGGGAAGGGCGGGGGGAAAGCAGGGAUGACCGGGAAGGGAGCAGGAGGGAGGAGGGUCGGGAAGAAAGGAGGGAAAGGAGGAGGGGGAGGAAGGGGAGGUGUGGGGUUGACUGAGGCGUGGGUGCCUGGGACGACUAUAGGGGUGGUGCCUAUAGAGGGGGUGCUGGGGGGAAGGACGAGAGUGAUGGACACGCCAGGGCUGCUGCACCCGCACCAGCUGUCAGUGCGGCUCAGCAGGGAGGAGCUGAAGGUGGUCGUGCCUAGGAAGGCGCUCAAACCCCGCACGUUCCGUAUUAAGGUGAGAAGAUGGGGCGGGGUUUCGGGUUUCGGGUUUAGAGUGAGAGUGAUGGACACGCCAGGGCUGCUGCACCCGCAACAGCUGUCAGUGCGGCUCAGCAGGGAGGAGCUAAAGGUGGUCGUUCCUAGGAAGGCCCUCAAGCCCCGCACCUUCCGCAUCAAGCUUUGGGUGCGGCUGAGCAGGGAGGAGCUGAAGGUGGUCGUGCCUAGGAGCUGUAGUUUGCUUUGGGUGAGGCAGCAGCAGCAGGCUGCCCCCUCUGUUGUGCAGCCAGGGCAGUGCAUUCUGCUGGGAGGCUUGGCCCGAGUGGACGUGGAGGAGGCAGCAGCAGAGUCGAUCUAUCUGACAUUCCAACUUCCCCCCUCCCCCCCCCCAUUCCAUCUCUCCUUUGCAGCCAGGGCAGUGCGUGCUGCUGGGAGGACUCGCUCGGGGCAAUGCAUAUUGUUGGGAGGCUUGGCGCGAGUGGAUGUGGAGGAAGCAGCGGCGGAGUCCAUUUAUCUGACAGUGUGGCUCUCGCCAAUGAUAGCGUGCCACAUGGGCAAGAUCGCCAACGCGCCUGCUGUGCUGGAGAAGCACGUUGGGGUCAAGCUUCAGCCGCCAGCAGAGGCAUCUCGCAUGGCAGAUCUCGGAAUGUGGUUACCUCGUUCCGUUACAGUGGAGGGCACGCGGUGGGAUCAGAGCAGCGCUGACGUGGCAGUAGCCGGGCUCGGCUGGGUGGCCGUGGGAAUAAAAGGCUCGGCGAAGCUCAAAGUGUGGACGUUUGAAGGGGUGGGUGUGACUGUGAGGGAAGCCAUGGUGUUUGAUUAUGCGCCUGUGUUUGAACGGCCUGGGUUUUCCACUGGUGGGUUGCCGGUUACCAGGGAGGAAGGAGGAAAGGGGGGCAGUGGCGGUGGUGGUGCGGUGGGGAGCGGUUCGGAUGGGAAGAAGACGAAGAAGAAAACCAGAGGCGGCAGCAAUAGGUCAAGGCCUGACGAGGUUGAUGCAGUGGUGCUUUAG